AUGUGGGCCCCAGAGCUUCAUCAGAUUGACAAUGUCUGGUACAUGUUCUACUCGAGCUGCGACUCGGCUCAGCCCUGCUGUGACAGCUGCAGCACGAGGGUCCUGCGGGGCUGCGACAGUGCCGGGCCUUACGACUGCGAGUUUGAGCAUCUCGCCGAUCUGAUCCCCCCUGAAGGGCAGCGCGGCGGUCGCGACGAUAACUUUGCCUUCAGCAUCGACGGCACCUUUCUCGAGGUACCGGGUUUCGGGCGCUACCAUGUGCUGAGUAUUCGUGACAAAGAGUUUAACCAAGCACUGGCCAUCACGACGCUCGACACGCACGAGUGGACGGUCGGCGCGUGGCAUGUCAUUUCCAUUCCUGAUCAGCCGUGGGAGCGGAACGUCACGGGAGCAGCUUCGAUUCCGCAGGCCGAUUUGGUCGGUGUCAACGAGGCCCCUCACCCCCUUGUUCAUGGGGACGAUCUCUGGCUUUGCUACUCUGGGUCCAACUGCGGAACGCCCAAUUACUCCCUGGGUCUCCUCCACUGGAACGGUGGUGACCCUCUGCUGGCCUCAUCUUGGGACAAGACGGGCCCGGUCUUCGCACAGGCCAACGGUCUUUACGGCACGGCGCACAACUCAUUUUUCACGUCUCCCGAUGGCACAGAGAUUUGGAACGCUUUCCACGCCACGAAGCAGGCUGGUGGUUCCUGCGGAGGGGAUAGGUUCACAUCGGCUCACAUUGUCACCUUUGACGAGAACAACGUGCCAAGCUUUGGGGAGCCGCGCCCCAUCGGUGAGGUCCAGGUGCCUCCCAGCGGAGAGCAGGCAUGA